AUGCCUCCCAAGCAAGCCCGUACGAUCGCUCAGCUCGCUGCCAGCGGCAUCAUCCGGAGCGCCCAGGGACUGAACCGUCAGGAGCAGGGCGAGCUGCUGAUCUGGGCUCGGGCUCAGGGAAUGACCUACAGGGAGAUCAUUCAGCGAUUUGGCUUCACGCAAACGGAGGAGGGCUUGCGCACCUGGCACUACGUGCUCAUCAAUGAUCGACCUCCCCGCGUGCCGACCUUCACGGCCCAGGACGAUCAACUGCUGCGUGCAGCAGUUCAGCUCUUCGCGACUGGUCCUCUUGAUCAGGAGAAGAGCAUUAACGGUAUCUGGAAGGCCGUAAAGGAGCACAUGAAGAAGAAUGGUGGGACCACGUCCGCAGGCGUGACCACCCUUAAGAAGCGAUGGCUGGCAAUCCGCAACCAGCCUGCAGGUGUCUCAGCCGCGUCUGGUUCUUCAGCCGCGCCGUCAGCCUCGCGCGCUCGCGGUGGUGCUGCCCGCACUGGCAGCAUCCACGCCACGGGAAGCCUGGCCCGGUCCUUCCCCGUCCCGAUGAACCCGGCCCCAACCACGCCCACUCGGGGAGACAAGGGCAAGGCCGCAGCCGGCGGCAGCAACAAGUCGUCGGGCGCCAAAGCCGGCUUUGACGGCAUCAGCGGCAGCAGCAGCAACCCUGCCUUGAAGUGGGGCGAGUACUCCCCUCUCUCCAAGGAGGAGCAGAGAGAGGUGCUGGGCGGCGAGACCCUCACUUCUGACGAGGAUGAGGAGGAGGAGGACGACGACGACGCCUCCGACAGCCACAGCGACAGUGGCGACAACCCCGCCAUGAAGUGGGGCCACUACUCCCCUCUGUCCAAGGAGGAGAGGGCUGAGGUUCUGGGCGAGGACAACUCCACCUCUAGCGACGAGGAGGAGGAGGAGCAGCAGCAGCAGGAGGAGGAGCAGGUUGAGGAGGAUGAGGAGUCUGACGAGGAGUCUGACGAGGAUUCUGACGAGUCCGACUAA